AUGGCCACAGGGAGUCCCAUGAAGGAGUCCUUGAUCUCCGCGUUCAUGAAACAAUACAACGAAAAUAAGUACACUGAUAUGGCGGAAAGUGCUGCAGACAUCUGUAGCCGAGCCCUUUUGGAGAAAGAUAUCCCCCAUGAAACCGAAAGCCGCGGGAAGAAGACUGAAAGCCUACGGAAAAAGAUUGAGCAGCGUGAGCGCAAUAAAGGUCUUUACAAGUCCCUAACACAUAUAUUUGAGGACAUCGUCGACCUUGCCGGGGCUCGCAUUAUUCUCAAAAAGUGGGAAGAUCUUGAUCGCGUUAGGGGUAUCAUAUACGAGCUUUUCGAGGUUGAGGAGGAGAAACCUAUGAAACAAAAGAGCGGGUACGAAGCAGUACAUUAUCGUGUCUACUUGAAGCAAGAGGGGCGCCUGUGUGGCCUCCACACGUCGGAAGUGAUGACCAGGGUUGAGAUUCAAGUUCUGUCUUUGUAUAUGGCGCAAUGGGCCAAAGAUGAACAUGACAGUCGGUAUAAAACAUCCAGAGAUCCGAGUCGAGCGUUGAGCAAUGCUCUCGAUAGCCAUCUUAAAGCGGUUCAACAUGUUCAAAUAUCCGCCCAGAACACAAGAGAAGAGAUAGCCAGGCAAGAUGAAAAGUACAGACAAAAGUUCAGCGACCGCAAAUACGUCGGCCGACAUCUGGAGAAGUGGAUUGGCAAGCACGCUGCAGACUGGGCACGAGAUGAAAAGAUAAAAACAGGAUCUUCUACAGCUUUGACAAUCUUUUUGGAUGCUCGUGAAUGGAGGACCCCCGAGUACCUUGAUCUAUUGCUCAAUCAACACCUUGGCCAUGGCGCGCAGGAUGAAUACUCAAAUAUCGCAAAGGAAUAUGCCGGCAUUGAAUUGAACAUCGUGAUUUACCUCAUUGACCGUACGGUCUUGAAUGGCAAUACGCAUACCUUUCUUGUCCCCGACGACCAUCAAAAACAUGCCUACAAGAUCCGAGUGAUAUUGAGCACGUUCAUCUGGAUGAAGCGUCUUUUCCUGCCGGCGUUGGAAUGGCAGCGUUUAUUCACGCGUGUUGAGGACCGAAGCGUGCUUCGACAGGGCAUUGUUUGGCUGGGGCACAGAGCCUUGCAAAACCUGAUUGCAAAGGGAGGGAAAUUGCUGACUCCCGAAGAGAUCGGUAAAUUGAACCGACUGUGGGAUUGGUUCUGCAGUAACCUCGACCGACCGAUCCAGGUGGCUUUUGCGAUGUCCCGCCAGGGAGUUAUUAGAGAUCUAGCAGGAGAAACUGAUGAGCUGGAAAAUGCGCUUGGGCCACUGAGGCGAGCCCUGAGUUGGGACAUGGACCCGGCUUCAACAUGA